GCAGCAUAUAGUCACAUGUGCCCACUACGACAGGCGACAACCGCACCUAGUUUAGGGAGAGAUUCCUUGGCAGAUGCUGCCGCCGCUCUGACUUCGCUUCUGGUCUUAUCCUUCCUCCUUGCUGCUCCUCCCCCUCCAAGCCCAUCAUUUCAUCUCCAUCGCGACGCCGUCUAUCACCACCAUAGUCGUGCCGCGGCUCGAUCUGCUGCUCCUGAGCGCAGCCACCUCGUCCCCGACGCCGAGCUCCUUCUCCCUGCCUUCUUUUCCCCGUCAUCUCUGUGUUCUCUUCUUCUCUUUUUCUCCUGUUUACUCACAUCUCCCUCUAUCUCUCUUGCUCUCUGUUACAGAGGCCGCCAUGGACGCCCGAGGUCCUCCGCUCCGAGUCUCCGACCCACACCCCGGCGUCCCUGCCGACGUCGUCGCCUAGGAAGACCACCAUGCCCGCUGCAGGAGCUUCGAGCCGACCCCGCAGCAUGUAGACCGCCGCCACCCGUCCGCCGUCGGGAAUCACCAGAUCCCCCCGUAUCCGACCUGCCUCGCCAUCCUUCUCCCGUUCCCGACGUCUCCUCAGCGCCAGAAUCUCAGGCGAGCGACACCACAAGACCCUGCCUCCUCUGCCCCGGAGGCCGCCAUGGAGGUCAUCGCCUCUCCGUCUCGAUCCGUCCACCGUCGGAUCCUUGCUGGUGUUCUCCAGGGACCCGCCAUGGAGGUUGCCGCCCCUCCCGUCUCGAUCCUUCCGCACCCGGAUCCACGGCAGAGCAGCCGAGAUCCGUCGCCUGUUCUGCGACGCCUUGGCCCGCCAAGGCAAGCGCAGAGGCUGACAAGGCGCACAGGAAGGCCAAUGGCCUCGCCAAGCAGCGGGAGGACUUGCGGGCUAGGGUCGCCAGCCGCAAGCUCGUGCGAGCUCGCCCCCAUGCUGGCCAAGGCCACCUUCGGCGACCUCCUGUCCGCUGUGCACUAACGCCCGCCACGACGCCAGGGUCUUUUUUGCAAAAAUGAAACGUUAUCUCGUAAACAGACUUAAAAUAGGAUUGUGGGUUGAAUUCUUAGGAAAUAGAGGGACUUUUCUGCAAAAGUGCAGACGACGUA